AUGGGAGGAGCAGCUACUAAAAUAGCAUUUGAAGUAUGUGUUGUAAGCGGUGACUACAGUGGUGAUGAACUUGGUCCUGGAGUCAAUAUGGUCAUGUUUGAUCACUGUGGUAACCAGUCGCCUACAAUUACGUUGGAUAAUAUUUUCCAAAAUGACAUUGACUACACACAAGCGAAAUUCACCAUAGACUUACAGUCUUGGAGUCGUUUGAAAGUGUUCAAAAGAUUGCAUCACAUUGAAUUUUGGUGUACAACUCAGUCUUAUCCUCCACCUGCGUGGUUUUUGGACCGAGUGAUUAUAAGGGAUAGAAGGUUCGGGAUGACUGCUGAGUGGAAGUACUUUUUCUUUCCCGUCCAUCAAUGGAUUAGUCCUGAUCAUCAAUAUGUUGUGCAUGACUGUGAAGCUUGGAUUCCUCAGUUUGAGCCAUUUCCGGAAUUGAGAGAAGAAGAAGUUAGUAGACGCAUGCAAUUCUUUGCCUUCUUUCAACGUGCUAAAGGUCUGCCUGUUGAGUUACAGGAAAUUCCAUCUUCAGAGUUGUUCUCUUCGGAUUCCCGGUGGGAUAUUGAACCUCUUGUUCUCGAGAUUAUUGAACGCACUGGUCUUGCUGAAGAAUAUACAAAUGAACAGUCUUGGAAUUCUCUUGAUGCACUUGGAAACUUUUAUAAGAAAUAUAAUAUUACUGAACCUGUGAGUUUGCAGUUUUGGAUGAUGAAUGAUAUUUGUUUCGGUGCACAACGUAUUCGUGGAUGUAAUCCUUUCACUAUUCAAGUAUGUCGUACAUUACCGAAAAGUUUUCAGCUGGCUGCAAAUUGGUUGAAACCUCAAUUGGAGGGUUGGACACUGCGUCAAAUGGUAGCUGCCAAUCGGUUGUACAUGCUCGACUAUCAUAUAUUGGAAGGACUCAGUUGUAAGCGUGGCCGAGAAUUGUGUGCACCUUUAGCAGUUUUCUUCUAUACAGAGAAAAGGCAGUUGAAACCGAUUGCAAUUCAAGUGGAUCGUAAUUCGAAUGAUACGAGCUCGAUUAUUCUGCCAACUGAUCCAACUUCAGUCUGGUUACAAGCAAAAUUAUGGGUGAAUUUAGCUGAUGCAUGCCAUCAUAUGAUUGUCGGUCGUUUAUUAACUCAUUUGAUUUUGGAAUCAAUUUACGUAUCUCUACGACGUAAUAUGUCACAAUCUCAUCCAAUCUACCACUUGGUUGCACCACAUUUCCGCAGUAUAUUACCAGUAACAAGAAAAUUAAAAGAAUGGACCUUCGAAAAUGGGUGGAUAUCGCGUAACAUACAACUGUCACGUAAAGGCAUCAAGCAGUUAUUAAGACGAGCAUUUAAGAAAUGGCGUUUUGAUGUGAAUGCAAACAUAUAUCGUGAACUGGAGUCUAGAGGGGUCUACGAUCCAAAUGGGUUAGGCAACUAUCCAUAUCGUGAAGAUGCCUUACUAAUAUACCAUACAUUAGAGCAAUUCGUAUCCAGCUAUGUUCGUCUAUUUUAUCCCGAAGGAACUGAACAAAUAAUACGUGAUAAUGAAUUACAAUCCUGGAGACAUGAAAUUGCCAGUCCCAUGGAAGAAGGUGGCUUGGGUUUGGUUGGAGUUCCUGGUAGUACAGUGAAACUUCGUUCAAAUUCUAGGGUAGGGCAUUAUUCAAGUGACAAUGUCAUGGAAGAAGUAUUUGGUUUAGCUACUGUCGAUGAAGUGGUGAAAUUUCUAAUGGGGAUUCUGUAUCUUGAUAUAAUUAUUGCUGGUUCAGCGCUUCGUCUGCCAAUGUUUGAUGAGUAUGGAUUCCCAGCACAGUAUCCUCUCAGUUUGUUUGGUCAACCGCCAAUAGAUAGAAACACAUUCUGUGAUAGUCCACUCUCUGGUCCACAAGGAAGUGUAUUCAGUUUUUCAAGUGUUCAAGGUUUAGAUCAUGUCCUAGCCUCAUUGCCUAAUCGUCAAAUGACUGUGGAAACUGUUCUGUACACUAGAUUGGCAAGUCGAGUUCAGCAGUCAGUACUGGGUCAAUUCGAAUCCGAUUUUAUAUUUAAAAAGAAGGCAGUUAUUUUGUUAGAACAAUUUCGAAAUCAGUUAGCUGAUAUGGCUAAACAGAUUGAUAUGAACAAUAAUGCUCGUGAUAUGCAUCAUCAGUAUCGAGCAUUGGAUCCUUCAUUAAUGCCAAAUUAUCCUGGAAUCUAA